GUGUGGCGCUCCCGUGGGGCUGGUGUCUCCCCGGCUGAGGUGAAGCCGCCUCGGGACUGCAGGCUCUGGUGCGGGCAGUGCAGGGCGCGCGGGGUGCCAGGCCGCCUCAACCCGCUGUCUCAGUAGCGGGGGUGGCCGGGGCUCUCAGCCGCGUUUUCCGCUCCGUCUUGCGGCGCUCACUUUCGUGGCUGGUGAUUUCUGAGUAAUUUGGCUCUCAUGGGCUGUAGAUAGCGGAGCACAGAAUAGAUCUUCAGGACACUGGUCCAUUCCACAGAGUGUUUCAUGCAUUUGUGGACCAAAACAUGGGAUGAACUUUAAUUUUAAAAAGACAUUGUCAGUAGUCCUGAUCCGGUUUUCAACCUGGCCUUGAAGAAGAUGCUGUGCCUGUUUUUCUUGGACUAGUAGUCGUUCUGAAAGUCUAUUCAAAUACUAAAGACUAUUAGGAAGUGGCCUAACAAGAUACUCUCUUUGGGGACUACAGAUUUCAUAGAGACUGCAGUUGGAGCCCACUUAUUCUCCAAUCAAGGUGGUUUUGAUUAACUUCAUUUUGAAGAAUUUUAUAUAAGCAACACCAAAAGAUGGAAGAAAAAAAUGGUGAUGCAAAGACUUUCUGGAUGGAGCUACAAGAUGAUGGUAAAGUUGACUUAAUGUUUGAGAAAACACAAAAUGUCCUACAUUCACUGAAACAGAAGAUAAAGGAUGGGUCUGCCACAAAUGGAGACUAUGCCCAAGCAAUGAAUCUAGUAAAUGAAGCCACUCUGAGUAACACUCAAACACUGGAAAAGGAUCAUAGACCUGUGACUCAGAGUGAACAGGAAAACAAAUCAAGUGCACUUCCCUCUGCAGCGUAUGACAACUCCUCUCCUAAGGGCUGUGCUAUUCUAUCUCCAGGAAAAAAAGUAUUCCUCCCUGUGAAGAUUAAAGCUCAAGGCUUAAUGGAAAAGGAAGCCCCACUGCAUAUAUCAUUCCAUCGCCAUAUCUGCUCCAGGGCUUGUCUGACGGAAACACCACUGUCCUGGAAGGGAGAAAACCCUCUGCAGCUACCAAUCAGAUGUCACUUCCAACGACGACAUGCAAAGACAAACUCUCAUUCUUCUGCCCUCCAUGUGAAUUAUAAAACACCCUGUGGACGGAAUCUACGAAACAUGGAGGAAGUUUUCCAUUACCUGCUUGAAACAGAGUGUAACUUUUUAUUCACAGACAACUUCUCUUUCAAUACUUAUGUCCAGUUGACUCGGAAUCACCCAAAGCAACAUGAAGUUGUUUCUGGUGUGGAUAUUAGUAACGGAGUGGAGUCGGUGUCGAUUCCUUUCUGUAAUGAAAUUGACAACAGUAAACUUCCACAGUUUAAGUAUAGGAAUACAGUAUGGCCCCGAAUAUAUCAUCUGAACUUUUCCAACAUGUUUUCUGAUUCAUGUGACUGUUCUGAGGGCUGCAUAGACAUAAAAAAAUGUGCAUGUCUUCAGUUGACAGCAAAGAAUGCCAAAGCAUGUCCCUUGUCAUCGGAUGGAGAAUGUGCUGGAUAUAAAUAUAAAAGACUGCAGAGACUCAUACCUACUGGCAUUUAUGAAUGCAACCUGCUCUGCAAGUGUAACAAACAGAUGUGUCAAAACCGAGUUAUCCAGCAUGGUGUCCGGGUGAGGCUACAGGUGUUCAAAAGUGAGAAGAAGGGCUGGGGAGUGCGCUGCCUGGAUGACAUUGACAAAGGGACAUUUGUGUGCAUUUAUUCAGGAAGGUUACUGAGCAGAGCCACUCCUAAGAAAACUAAUACUGGUGAAAAUGGAAGAGAGCAACAGCACAUUGUGAAAAGUUCAUUUUCCAAAAAGAGGAAACUAGAAGUUGUGUGUUCAGAUCGUGAAGCACACUGUGACAGUCCUAACACUGAGGACUGUCCUCCCAAGCUUAGUGGUGAUCUCAAAGAGCCUGCUGUGGAAAUGAACCAUAGAAAUAUUUCAAGAAUUCGACAUCAUUCAGUCAUUAGAAGAACUAAAUCCAAGACAACUGUUUUUCAUUACAGUGAGAAAAACAUGGGAUUUGUUUGCUCAGAUUCUGCCGCCCCAGGAGAUAAGAAUGGAUUUAAACCAGCUCAAGAACACGUGAACUCUAAAGCUAGGAGAGCUCACGAGGACUUAAGUUCACACCCAGUUGGAGAUUCUGAAGACAAACAGCUGACUGAAUCAGAUGUGAUAGAUAUAACUGCAAGUAGAGAAGACUCUUCCCCAGCAUACAGGUGUAAGCACGCAACCAUAGUGAAUAGUAAGGACACUAAACAGGUGCUUGAAGUCCCAGUAAAAAAGUCCCAAGAGGAAGAGCCUGCAGCCUCUCAGAGCCAGCAGGCCUUGUGUGAUGAGGAGCUGCCAAGUGAGAGAACAAAGAUUCCAUCUGCUUCCCUGAUGCAGCUCAGUAAAGAGAGUCUGUUUCUAUUGGAUGCUUCAAAAGAAGGAAAUGUGGGCCGUUUCCUCAAUCAUAGUUGCUGCCCAAAUCUCUGGGUGCAGAAUGUUUUUGUAGAAACACAUGACAGGAAUUUUCCAUUGGUGGCCUUCUUCACCAACAGGUAUGUGAAAGCAAGAACAGAACUAACAUGGGAUUAUGGUUAUGAAGCUGGGACCAUGCCUGAAAAGGAAAUCCUCUGCCAAUGUUUCUGUCAGCUUACAGAAAAGAUGGAAAAAAGAACAUGUGCCCUCUGCCCUGAAGGCCACGAUUGGAGUGUGAUAUACUUUGUACCAUCAGCUAAUCUAGCUGCUCAUGAAAACUGUUUGCUGUAUUCAUCAGGAUUGGUGGAAUGUGAGGCCCAUAAUCCAUGUAAAAUAGCUAGAAAUGUUGACGUGAAAUCAGUACUGGAAAGGAUCUGGAGAGGAGGCCCAAUGAUAUGCUCAUUUUGUAAUAACGAAGGAGCCAUCGUAAGGUGUGGUGAAACAUCUUGUGCCAAGAAUUACCACUUAUUCUGUGCCAAGGAGGACUACGCAGUUCUACAAGGUGGAGUUACAAGAACUUACAAAGUAUUUUGCUCAAAACAUCCUCCACAACAAGAAGAGGCCACUGAAAGUGCUGAUGGCCCAAGCAUGAAGAGGAAGAGAGGAAGAAAAAAACGCCUCUCAUCAGGCCCUCCUGCACAGCCAAAAGUGGUGAAAUUCAUGAGAUCCAAAAGACAUGUGACAGGAGAGCCUCUCGGCCACAGAGAUGCAGCUGUCAAAGCUCCUUUUCUUAAGAAAUGCCAGGAAGCAGGACUUCUUAAUGUUUUACUUGAACACAUACUAGAAAAAAUGGAUUCGAUUUAUGGAAGACUCCUGGAUAAGACUGCCUCAGAGUCAGACUAUGAAGGGAUCGAGACCUUACUGUUUGAGAGUGGGCUGUUUGAAGAUACAUUAAUACAAUUCCAAGAAGUAAUCAAGAGUAAAGCUUGUGAAUGGGAAGAAAGGCAAAGGCAAAUGAAGAAGCAGCUUGAGGCACUUGCAGACUUACAACAAAACUUUUGCUCAUUUCAAGAAAAUGGGGACCUGGACUGCUCAAGUUCUACUUCAGGAUCCUUGCUACCUCCUGAGGACCACCAGGUCAGAUGCUAGGAGUCUCCUGAAGUGCAAACAGGCUCAGGAGACAGCCUGUGACAGAUCCACAGUCCCCUCCCGCUCUGACCUGCUACUGCUCAUCCAUGCUCCAUCCCUGACUGGGUGUUUCUUGUCUCCUCUCUUCUCAUCUCACUUGUCCUGCUUUCCCCUGACAGUAAAAGC